CGUUCUUCUCCCCAAACUCUCUCGUUCUGCCCUAACUCUCAUAUAAUCCAAAUUAUUUAUUUAAUCAAUAACAUUAAUAAAAAAAAUAAUAUUAAUGAUACAUGUGUACGCACACUCAUCAUUUUUAUACGUAUAAGUAUACAACUCCUCAUCCUGCUCCAGACCCUUGGAUUUCUUCACAACAUUUUCUUCUGUUACUUGAUCCUAAAAAUACCCUUCCUCUAACUGGGAAUUCUUUUAUCUGGAGGAAUUUAGAACUGCUCUGGAGCUCGAUUAUACGAAUAUGGGUUCGGAGAACGCUGUUCCUUUGGUUGGCCAGGUCAACGUGAUCGUUGAGGCCUCAUCAGACCGUGAUUAUUUGGGGAAAAAGAAUCGGAGGAAAGUUCCUAAAAGAGUCCACAAAUCUGAGAGGGAGAAAAUGAAGCGAGAGCAAUUAAAUGAGCUGUUUUUUGAGCUAUCCAAUGCUAUUGAAUUGACGCAGCCAAACAACGGCAAGGCCUCAAUUUUGUGUGAAGCUACACGACUAUUAAGGGAUUUUCUUGCUCAGAUUGAGGACCUCAGAAAGGAGAAUGCCUCCUUGCUAUCAGAAUCUCAUUAUGUAACAUUCGAGAAGAAUGAGCUAAGAGAAGAGAACUCAACUCUAGAAAGCCAGAUUGGAAGACUACAAGGGGAGCUGGAAUCAAGGGUGGUCCAGUCGAAACCUAACCUGAAUGUGCCACCCUCUGAUUGCCUUGCUAGGCCUCCUACUGAACAUUUGGGUCAAACGCAUACAGUCAUUGUUGUUCCACUAAUCCCUGACUCCACCCAAAUCCCAUCUAAUCCCUCCACAAACGUGAGCAAGCCCCAUGCUAGAUAUCCCACCUCAGUCGAUUCUUGGCCAUCCCAACUUCUAAGGGAGCAGCAGCCAAAAACAGGCAAGGAAUUAGUUCAAGAUAGGACUAGGGAGCGAGACCCUGAUAAUGUGUAAAGUGUAAAUUAUCGAUUGUUGCCUAUCUGAAGCUUCUUGGCCUUUUUUUUUUUCUUUGCUUAGGGGUUAUUGGAUUUGUUGUGUUGGGGUUCAUUACCACAGGGAAUAUAGGAAUAAACGUGUAACAUCUUGAGAAUAUAUAAUUUUGUUUAAAAAAGAAAAUGGUUUUUUUCA